AUGGCAGCUGUGUCGCCUCAACGUUCACAGGAUAGUCGGCGGGCCCGACUCCUGGAACUCGCUGUCGCCGUUGGUGUUACCGAGCUACCGCCUAUCCCGCCACUCCCUCCGACCAGACUACCUACCCCGAGCCCACAUGAUGAUUUGCAAGCGGAAGAACUCCUCAGACACCGACGACAAGCUGAGAACCCUGAAAGCUCACAAAGUACCCUAAAACGAGCCUUUUCGUCUACCAAGAAGCCAUGGGAAGCCAGAGAAAUCUUCGACGUCCUCGACAACCAUGUCGCGUCUGGGGGUUCGCCCGCUGUCGCAAAUGUUCUCAUCCGAAAACUGUUCGAGCUUGGGGGGGAUCCGAACAUCAAAGCUCUAAAAGGCAGCAGGUCAGACUCCAUCCUGUCUAGAAGAAGGAGCUUGAAGUCCCAGGAGCGGAGUGAGAUAUUGCAGAAGGCGAUCCAGAACCGUCAAAUGGACAUGGUUUCCGUCUUAGUCCAUUAUGCAGACUAUAUCGCGCUCGACAUGGCAUUACCCGACGCAAUACGAUCCAAAGACCUCAUAAUACUGGGCCUGCUACUGCAACGCGGCGCAAAUCCUGCCCAGUCGCAGAAUGCCCAAAUCGAAUUUCGACAACUAUGUAUUGCUGGUGGUCAUCCGGAUGUUAUAGGACUUAUUCUUCAGUCACCGGGCGGCUUCUCGUCACAGCUACUCUCCUUAUGCCUCAUAGAUGCCUCACGAAAGGGCUGUCUUGAGACAGUCUGGAGACUGAGCAGGUCAGUCGCGGAUGCCGACUUUGACACGGCCGAAGCUCUCAGGACAGCGAUUGGGCAGAGCAGAGUUGACAUUGCACUCGCCAUUUUGACGGGGAGACAGCCACCUACACCUGGAGGGGCCGGUCUGAUGGAGAGCUUCAAACAGCUUCUCAGCCAAUCCAUUGGCCCCAAUGAGAAGCUGUUCUUGAUAGAGGCGCUUUUGUGCGCCGGUGCCCCUGGCGAUAUGGCGGCCGUCGCCUUGCAGCAAGCGUGCCAGGCUGAAAAUGUCGACAUGAUUCAUCUUUUGCUCAAAAACGGAGCUUCAGUUGAGUACCAGGAUGCCAAGGUACUAUGUGAUAUCAUUACGAAAGGAAACUGCAACCUUCUUCAGCUACUAUUAAAUGAUCGAACGCAUCUGAGUCCCAGCCUCGCGUCUCGGUGUGUUGGAGUGAUUCCGACGACAGUCAGCCCGGAAAACCGAUAUGCGUUUCUCAGCAUCCUGCUUCGGAAAGGUGCCGGGGGCACUGCGCUGGGCGACGCGCUCAUUGCUGCGGUGAGGGCUGGAGAUGAUCAGUCGGUAAAUUUGCUGCUUACACCGUAUUUCCCCGAAAACCCUGUUCCAGAAGGGAAGCUCCGAAAAGGCUCGCCACAGAUGAAGCACGCCCGACAUGAAGUGGCCUCGGUAGACCACUUGAAUGGAAUGGCUCUAAACAACGCAGUCAUGAUGGAGAACAUAGACAUGGUGAAGAAGCUUCUGACAGGAAAGCCGUCCCCGUCAACGCUGGAGCAAGUGUUUCCGCAGGUCAAGAAGUUGGCUCCUAAUGAACGUUACCUCAUUACCGAGGCUUUUCUGGCUGCUGGGCUUUCUGGACCCUGUCUAUCCGCUGCGUUGACAGGGGCAAUCGAAGAACAACACCCCAGACGAGACGACAGGUUCAUUUCCCUUCUUUUGCGAUACACUGAAGGCACGUACUCCGACAAUAAAUUCGGAGUCUUGGCUUCCAUUGCUGUUGGGGAUGUACCACUCUUGCGCAAAAUGCUCAAGAAGCCACUCUCGCCUCAAACGUCUUUUGCGGCUGUGGCUAAAGCCAUGUUGAUUAAACAUCAAGAAGUCCGGUAUACGAUCGUCGAGUUAUUGCUUCAGGCAGGCGCUGGUCGAGAAGGGAACGAAGUAUCCGCGGCGCUGUCACAAUUACUAGCUACCCAACCCCUGGAUGUACAACUAUUUUCUCUCCUGCUGAAGCAUGGUAACGUGGAUGCCAACUUCAAAGACGGCGAGCCUGUCACUCUCGCUGUUCGCGAUCCCGAUCCCGCCAUCCUCGAGCUUGUUGUCCAGUACGGAAAGCCGACACCUGAAACAGUGAUUCGCGGCCUCAACGAUCUCUCAAAAGUGCCAACGACAGCUGCAAAAGCUGCCAAAAUGUCUCUUCUUCUCCUAUGCCAUAUCCCACAAAAGGAUCACCUAGAUGUUCUCUUAUACAACGAGGUUCAGACAAUUCUUCAGAUGUCAUUGGAAAGUCGCAACUAUGAUGUCGUUGGAACUCUUCUCUCAGCCGGUGCGGACAUCAAUUCCCACAACGCCGCCGCAUUCUGUUGCGCCGUAAAGGCAUGUAGCACACAGUUGAUGGACCUAAUGCUGAGUGUUAAGCCAGCACCAGACACCCUAGCUGCGGCACUUCGGCAUUCGGUGAACAUACCGGAUUCCAGUAACCGUCAAGAUUUCACCCGGAAGCUUGUCGAAGCCGGCACUCCGAGCAUAGAAGUUAAUAGGGCGCUGAGCUACGCUCUACAUGCCCAUCUGUCUGACUACCAACUGAUCGAACUUCUAUCAGCCUACGCCGACUCAACAGAUGGCAAAGCCCUCGGUCUCGCGGUGGAGAAGCAGGAUGCUCAAGCAGUGGAAUUGAUUUUGGCAAGAUCUUCACGAAAAUACCCUGCGGAGGUGCUCAAUACCACCUUUGCACAAGCCGUUAAGCUCAAGAAUCCUAAGAUUUGCGCAUCACUGCUUAAGAGGGGGGUGUCCGGUUCUGAAAUCUCCGACGCACUCGUCACCGCGGCGUCCGAUGGAAACCUGAUACUUGUCAAUCUCUUGAUGGGCCACGGAGCCAGCCUCGAGCACCAGGAAGGUCAAGCGAUAGUAGAAGCUUGCAAGAGCGCUGCCAUCUCCGUCUUGGGCGCACUGUUGCACCCCACGGCCCAGGUCAAGAAACUAAUUUUAGUAAAGGGGUUUGAAGCAGCGAGUGUUAGUGUCACGGAUGUCAAGAAUCGUACGGAAAUCUUCCGACUCCUGCUGGAAAGAGGAGUCAACGGCGAGGUCGUGGACAAACAGCUUAUUGCCGCGGGAAUUCUUGGCGAUGACGGCGAGGCUCUGGUGCGCUUGCUGCUUUCUUAUGGGGCGGAUCCGGAUUACAACUCUGGCGAAGCUAUUUGGAAGGCGACCAAGAGGACAGCGCUGAAAAGUCUAAAGUUGAUGUUGGGUGUGGAAAAGGCAGCAAGUGAUGGGCAAAAGAAACCAUCGCAACAGACCUUGCUUAAAGCAUUGAAAGCCAGCCGGAAAUUGAGCCAGGAAGCAAGGUAUCAAGUCAUUGAGUGGCUGUUUGCUGCAGGGCUAGAGCCAUCGGAGGAUGUGCAUACCGCGCUGCAUAGGGCUGUGAAGGAGGAGAGCGAUGUUCGCUUGAUUCGGCUCCUGCUCUCACAUGGUGCUUCGCCUUUGGUGAAUGGGUGCGAGACGUUGAUGGAUGCGACUCGGUCGUACCGGGUUGAUGUGCUGGAGGCUUUGCUGACGUUUGAUGUUCCCGGAAAGGAUGUCUCGUGGACUUUCGAACAUUCCUUUACUCCAGAGGCAGCUGAGGAUUGGAUGACUGAACAAGGUCUCCUGAUUGCAGGGAUGUUGCUGGAGAAGGGCGCAGAGGGUGGUGAGCCUUUGUUCCCGGCUUUGAAUGUUGCUGUUGACGCAUACGGGACUGAACAUGAAGCACUGGCUCGUCGGUUUUCAACACUUUUGCUACAACAUGGGGCGAGCGUCACUUGUCAGGAUGGGCUCGUGCUGCAGAAAGCAGCCAAGAAGGCGGAUUCGGAGCUUAUACAGCUGAUUCUGCAGCAGAAUCCAGAUGCUCACUCGGUUUCCAUGGCGUUUCCCCACAUAUUUGACGCAGACCUCCAAGAGGAAGAGAUUCUGUCACUGGUCGAACUAUUCAUCUGCUAUGACUUUGAGGGAGAAGGGCUAGACGUCAUGACACCGUCCUCCCCGCCUAUUCUACUUCGUGCGCUCAACAAAUAUCCUCGGUCAGAGAAACUGCUGGAAACGCUUCUGAAUGCAGGCUAUUAUCAUGAUCAGCUCACGACCAUGAGAGUCAUGGAUAGCAGCGAAGAGGAACAGGUCAAUCUGCUUUUCUGGGCAUUGAGUCAGCCUCAAAAGCGCAUCAGCAGCAGUAUCAUCCAGCUUCUCAUUGACAAAGGGGCAAAGGUCAAUUUUGAGACACGAGUGUCUAAACAGACUCCGCUCAUGCUCGCCAUCCAACACAGACGGCCAGAUCUGGUCAAGGCGCUCCUUCUCGCUGGUGCAGAUGUGGAUGUUGCCGAUGCUGAAAACAACACUCCGAUGGCACUGGCUACUGCGAUUGGAGGCGAACUAGGCACAGCCAUGAUGGCGAGUCUCUUGGCUGCCGAGCCAUCUCUCAACGAUGGUUCACUGCAUAACGCCGCUAGGAAGCUCAACCUCGAAGCAGUUAAAGUGCUGAUCGAGUUCGGCCACGAUCCAGACUUCCCUAGUAUCGUUCAUGGCGGCCGUUCCGCCCUGGGAGAACUAUGCCUCAACGCAGCCGAAACCGGCCCCCUAUCAUCAACGCAAGAAAAGGAUAUGGAAAAAGUCAUGGCCGAACUGAUCAAGCGAGGCAGUGACCUCUCCAUCCAAGCCGACGGAAAAUCCGUGCUCCUCCUCGCCCUGCACUCCACCGACCCACUCCCCAUCACCCGCGCUCUCCUCAAAGCCGGUGUCUGGAAAACCAUCAACGCCCCCGACCACCAAUGGACCGACGGCGUGUACACCUACUCUCCCACCCAAUACCUCCUCCGCGUCCUCCCGCCCAACAGCACCGACCGUUCCGCCCUCCUCAACCUCCUUAGAUCCUACCGCUGCCGGGACGUCUACUACGCCAACGACGGGCCACAGCCCGACGGCGCCGUCAACCUGCCUCGCGAGCUCCUUCGCGCCGAACGUGAACGUCGCGCCCGCGCCGAGCGUAUCGAAAAGGAGACAGAGGAACACCACAUUGCCAUUGCGCGCACAAAGGAGAUUGCGACCAUGCAAAACAAAAUCUUCCUCGCGCGCGCCGAGCUAGAAGAUAGUCGCAUCCGCCGGCAGCGGGACGAGGAGAUGGAAGCCGUGCGCAGCCGGCAGACCGUCGAAGAAGAAGCCUUCGCGGCCGAACUGCACCGUCGUAAAGCUGAACGCGAAGCGAGCAUGAAGCAUGAGCGCCAGCUUCUCGAAGCGGGAUUAUCGAGAGCUAGGCUGGUGAGCGAGGCGGAGCUGGAGAUGGAGGAGAGGAAGCGAGAACAGACGGCGCAGUGGGAGCAGCAGAGGUUGCAAGCGGCGAAGCAGUUGAGUGAUGUUAGGGUGCACGAACGCAGGGAGAUGGAGAGGAUCGAGGCGAUGAGUGAUGCGCGGAUGGUGAAGAGGUUGGGGGAGCAUAAGAAGUUGGUGGAGACGCAGGAGAGGUUGGCGAGGAGCUUGAAUGGGGCGGGACCGCCAGGAGGGGGCAGGAGGCAGAUGGGGUAUAUUACUGGAGAGUUGGAUUGA